AUGCUGUGUCAGGCACUUCACAGAUUUGGUCACAAGCUGGUAAGCAGACGUCCACUGGAGAAAGAAGUAUAUGAGUUUAAAUUGGGCAGAAGACUGAACACUCUGGAUUUAGUGGUCCUGGGUGUGGGCCGCACAGUGGGUGUUGGUGUGUACUUCCUGGCUAAUGAGGUGGCCGGUAAUCAAGCAGGACCAUCCAUUGUGAUCUGCCUUUUGGUGGCCGGCUUUACUUCAUUUUUGGCUGGACUGUGCUAUGCAGAGUUUAGUGCCUGGGUUCCCCAUUCUGGCUCGGCAUAUCUCUAUACCUAUGUCACUGUAGGUGAACUCUGGGCUUUUAUCACUGGCUGGAACCUCAUCCUCUCCCUUGUUGCUGAUGCCUUCAUUGUGAUCCAGGCCUGGACCUUAACCUUUGACAACCUGAUUGGGAACCGGAUCUCUGAAACCCUGCAAGAAAACAUCUCACAACAUAUUCCCCAAAUCUUUGCACACAAUCUAGGCUACUUUUUUGUGGUCUUUCUAUUGCUGUUCACAGAAUUUCAAUUUGUGGGGUUUCAUAGGUUCUUCAGAGUUAUUGAAGUGGUCACAUUGGUAAAACUUUUGGUUCUCAUUUUUGUCAUCAUUUCUGGCUUCAUGAAGGGGGACCUACACAACUGGAAACUCACAGAAGAGGACUACAUACAGGCCAGCCUCAAUGACACCUCUCGCUUGGGCCCUCUGGGCUCUGGAGGAUUUGUCCCUUUUGGCCUUGAGGGGAUUCUCCGUGGAUCAGCUACCUGUUUCUAUGCUUUUAUAGGUUUCAGCAUUAUUGUUACCAGAGUCAAAGAAUCACACAAUCCCCAGCAUUCUAUUCCUAUGGGCAUUGUGGUUUCACUGCUCAUCUGUGUUUUGGUAUAUUUUGGUGUCUCUGCAGUGCUUACACUGAUGGUUCCUUACUACCAGCUUCAACCUGGGAGCACCUUGCCUGAGGCAUUUCUCCAUAUUGGCUGGGCCCCUGCCUACUAUGUUGUCACUUUUGCAAUAUUCUUUAGUAUUCUUGUCAACACCUAUUGGAGCUUUAUGUUCCCCAUACGUUGGGUGAUAUACAUGAUGGCAGAGGACGGCCUCCUGUUCCCUGUCCUUGCUAGGAUGGAAACUGGCACAUACAUCUCCAUUUUGUCCACUGUGAUCUUUAUCAUUAUUUUAGCAAUCAUGGUAUUCUUCUUUGGACUCACUGAUCUUGUGGACCUGAGGUCAGUUGGGACCCUGACAUCUUAUUCCCUGGUAGCUUUUUGUGUUCUUAUCGUCAGAUAUCAGCCUGAGAGGAGGAAAGAGGAAAAUGAAGAAGAGCUUCAGGAAGAGAAUGGGGGAAAAGAACCAGAGGUACAGGAGGAGACUGCACCUGCAGAGAAGCUGACUCUCAGGAGACUAUUUUUUCCAGGCAGCCCCACCCCAACUCCACUCUCCGGCCAGAUUGUCCAUGUUUGCUCCUCACUGCUUGCUCUGCUGCUGAUUCUCCUCUGCCUGGUGCUGGCCCACUGGCCAGGUCUGCUUUCUGGAGACCCAGUGCCUAUCACAGUGGUUGUUUUGCUUCUGGUGGUCAUCACUGGGAUCACUGGGGUCAUCUGGAGACAGCCGCAGAGCUGCACUCCCCUGCCCUUUAAUAUCCCUGCUGUGCCUCUUCUCCCACUCCUGAGCAUCUUUUUGAAUGUUUGCCUUAUGAUGCAGAUGUCAGCUAUCACCUGGGCUAGGCUUGGUGUCUGGAUGCUGAUUGGGUUUACUAUCUACUUCAGCUAUGGCAUCCUGCAAAGCCUGUUCUCUUAA